AUGCUUGUCUCCGCUGCUCCCUCCCCGUGGGGAUCAGGUAUGCUGAAUCCGUGCGGCGGGCUAUGGUCGCCAUCUCGCGCGCCGUCGGAGGCGUCCUCGUCGGAGAUGGAGUUCGGGACGGCCCGCGAGUACGACACCACUGAUCCGUUCUUCAGUGACGACUGGCUCUACGACAACCACCUGUUCUACAGCAAGCCGGAGAGCGAUGGCAGCGAAGGGGAGGACAAGUUCAUUGUUGGUCCUGACGUCAGCUUGCAGCGGAGUGAGAUGCGGGAGCUUGGCGAUGGCUGCGGUCGCGGGUACGUGCAUAGAGGCCGCAGGGCGGACACUGAUGGGUGCGCAGAGGUGAAUGCUUGCUCGUCGUCACCUUGCGGUUGCUGCUAUAAUGCGGAGUUGGUGAGAGAUUCUUGCUCCGCUGUUUAUGGGAGGUAUCAGAUCACGGAGGACCACACGGAGGGGCUUGACGAGUGUGUCGCAGAAGCGUUCCGGUUCAGGCUGAAUGUGUUUGUUGAUGCUGGCGAUCUGUUAGUGGAUUUCAAGAAAGGAGAGGACGACGGGUUGGGUCUUAGUGCUCUGGAGAAGGAACUUGAAAUGCUUACUCCGUACUUGGCUGAUGCAGAUGCUCUUGAGAAUAGUGGGCUUGAAAAUGACUUAAUAGGAAAUGACGACCUAGAUGUUUGUAUGGUAACAAAUGAGGAAAAUGCUGAUGGCAAAGAAUUUCUAAAAGAUAGCUACUGCAUACACCCUUUUCCUGAGAGUGCAGUCCCUUUUGAUGUUUAUGGGGUGGAAGAUUUCAAGACUGCAGAUACGGAUAUUCAGAACUCUACUACUCACAAAUUUCAGGAAGACCCAAAAGUUGAUCCUGUACUCUCUAAGUUUCAGCAGGAGUAUGAGGUAUUUGACCUGAAAAUUUUCCACCGGAAGAACAGGACUGGCUUUGAGGAAAACAAAGAAUUCCCUAUUGUCAUGGAUUCAGUUAUAGCUGGAAGAUAUCGUGUCACUGAGUAUCUUGGUUCUGCUGCAUUCAGCAAGGUUGUACGGGCACACGACCUUCGCACUGGAGUUGAUGUAUGCCUUAAAAUAAUAACAAAUGACAAGGAUUUCUUUGACCAGAGUUUGGAUGAGAUAAAGCUUCUCAAGUUUGUCAAUAAAUAUGAUCCAGAUGAUGACCAUCAUAUACUGCGUCUCUAUGAUUAUUUUUACUAUCAGGAACAUCUCUUCAUUGUCACUGAAUUACUACGUGCGAAUCUUUAUGAGUUUCAGAAAUAUAACCAGGAGUCUGGUGAUGAGGUGUACUUUUCAUUGCCCAGAAUACAGGCUAUAGCUCGACAAUGCUUGGAGGCUUUGGUGUAUUUGCAUCAUCUAAACAUAGUUCAUUGUGACCUGAAACCAGAGAAUAUCCUUCUGAAGAGCUACGGCAGAUGUGAAAUCAAAGUUAUUGAUCUUGGAAGCAGCUGCUUCUUGUCAGACAACUUAAACCUAUAUGUCCAAUCACGUUCUUACCGAUCUCCUGAGGUCAUCCUGGGUUUGCCAUAUGAUCAGAAAAUUGACAUUUGGUCUCUUGGCUGCAUCUUAGCUGAACUGUACACUGGUGAAGUGCUCUUUCCUAAUGAAUCAGUACCAAUCAUUCUUGCUCGUAUGAUUGGGACAAUUGGUCCAAUUGAUAUGGAAAUGCUUGCAUCAGGACAGGAGACCCAGAAGUACUUCACAGAUGACUAUGACCUUUUCCACAAGAAUGAGGUUUGA